AUGGCCGACGCAGAACUAGAACAGAUUCGCAAAGCUCGUCUUGAGCAGCUCAAGGCGCAAGGCAGUGGGGCAGGCGCCCAAGGAGGCCAAGGAGGAGCUGGUGGACAGGGCCAGGCCGAGCAGAAGCAGCAGCAAGAAGCCGAAGCCCGCCAAUCCAUCCUCAACCAGAUCCUGCACCCCGAGGCCGCCGACCGCCUGGGCCGCAUCCGGCUCGUGAAGGAGCAGCGCGCGACCGACGUCGAGAACCGGCUGAUCAUGCUGGCGCGGACGGGCCAGCUGCGGCAGAAGGUGACCGAGGCGCAGCUCAAGGAGCUCCUGAACGCCGUGGCCGACACCAAGGAGGAGGAGAAGAUCGUGGUCAACCGGCGCAAGGUGUGGGAUGACGACGAUGAUGACGAUUUACUGGACUUAUAG